CCAAACCCCACCGACAUCAUCUAUCAUCAAGCCCCACGGACCUUCUUGAUUACAUAUAUCCCGUUCAGUACCGGGUUUCCCAAGUCGUACAUCCAACAUUCCCUCCUUUCGAUAAUCCCAACAAAGUCGCGAAUCAUGAGCGCUGAGCAACAGGGCCAGCAAGGCGGCGAGGUGCCGACCUUUAAGCUUGUCUUGGUUGGUGAUGGCGGUACCGGAAAGACCACGUUCGUCAAGCGCCAUUUGACCGGAGAGUUCGAGAAGAAGUACAUCGCCACGCUCGGUGUCGAAGUGCACCCUCUUGGCUUCACCACGAACUUGGGACAGAUCCAGUUCGAUGUGUGGGAUACUGCAGGUCAGGAGAAGUUUGGUGGUCUCCGUGAUGGAUACUAUAUCAACGGACAAUGUGGCAUCAUCAUGUUCGAUGUUACAUCUCGCAUCACCUACAAGAACGUCCCGAACUGGCACCGCGAUCUCGUUCGAGUGUGCGAGAACAUCCCGAUCGUCCUCACUGGAAACAAAGUUGACGUGAAGGAGCGAAAAGUCAAGGCCAAGACCAUCACCUUCCAUCGCAAAAAGAAUCUUCAGUACUAUGACAUUUCUGCCAAGUCCAACUACAACUUCGAGAAGCCGUUCCUCUGGCUAGCCCGAAAGCUUGUUGGCAACCCCAGCCUUGAAUUCGUUGCCGCCCCUGCCCUAGCUCCUCCGGAAGUCCAGGUCGACCAGGCCGUCCUUGAGCAGUACCAGAAGGAAAUGGCCGAUGCUGCCAACCAGCCUCUUCCUGAGGAGGAUGACGACUUGUAAACGGGUCGCAAGCUUGCUUGGAAUAGACGAGGGGCGAGGAACCGAGCUCCUGCAUCCCUUAACGGUACAGACGCUAUGAAGGUGCUGAGUCGAGAGUGGGACGCGGUUUGCAUGGAACGAAAGGUUUAGAUAGCGAAAAUAUCGGUGUUCAGACUUCACUUGAACGUCUUUCGGGGGUUCACUUUGCUGCGUAAGAACCAAGCAGAUAGAAAUGAGCAUAACUUAUGAAUCGGCCGUCUGCCGCGAUGCCGUCUGCCGCGAUGCCGUCUGCCGCGAUGCCGUUGUCCAGAUGAUAUUACCCACCGUGGCCUCGUGCAUAAGCAUCAACCAUUGCCCCUAGCUGAUGCUCUCCAUCAUCGCCCAUGGUAUAUACAAGGCCUGGCU